AUAACCAACAACGUCGUUCGUAUAAACAAAUACAUAAUAUCAGUGCAGGAGAGUAAUAAUUUCUUUCCGCUAAAACUUCAAGAGCAAUUUCACAUUUUCGUUGGUGAUUUAAGUGCUGAAAUCGAAACGCAACAAUUGAAAGAUGCGUUCACGCCCUUUGGAGAAAUAUCAGACUGCAGAGUGGUGCGCGAUCCACAAACGCUAAAAUCGAAAGGAUACGGUUUUGUGUCGUUUGUGAAGAAAUCGGAAGCGGAAAAUGCCAUUACCGCCAUGAAUGGUCAGUGGUUGGGCUCUCGGUCGAUACGCACGAAUUGGGCCACAAGAAAACCGCCGGCGACAAAAUUGGAUGUUAAUGCCAAACCUUUAACCUUCGAUGAGGUGUACAACCAAAGCAGCCCCACUAAUUGCACCGUCUAUUGUGGUGGCAUCAAUGGCGCAUUGUCCGGCUUUCUAAACGAGGAUAUUUUGCAGAAAACUUUCUCUCCCUAUGGCACAAUUCAGGAGAUAAGGGUGUUCAAGGACAAAGGAUAUGCAUUUGUGCGCUUCUCCACCAAAGAGGCCGCCACCCAUGCCAUCGUCGGCGUACACAAUACCGAAAUCAAUCAACAGCCAGUAAAGUGUGCGUGGGGCAAAGAGAGCGGCGACCCCAAUCACAUGUCGGCCAUCGCCGGGCAAGCACUAAGCCCCGGCUUCCCAUUCGGCACAGCAGCAGCGGCGGCAGCGGCAGCCGCAUAUGGGCAACAAGUGGCCGGCUAUUGGUAUCCACCAGCACCGACAUAUCCCACAGCUGCGCCCACGCCCGCCAACGCCCUACAACCGGGACAAUUUUUGCAAGGCAUGCAAGGAUUUACAACCUACGGACAGUUUGCUGGCUACCAACAAGGAUAUAUGGGUAUGGGCGUGCAGAUUCCCGGCACCUGGCAAAGUGUGCCACCACAAGCGCCGUUAGCGGGCGCCACCGCUCCACAAAUUGCACAAAGCGUCGGCAGCGGUCUGCCACAAGCCACCGGCGUUGUCGCCUAUCCCAUGCAACAGUUUCAGGUUAGUCCACAGCUUGCUGAAGACGAAUGGCUAGCACCGAGCCUGCUAGUGUAGCUGCCAUGAUGGCCCGCAUUUGCAACAACAAAUGGAGCAAC